AUGCGUUUCACCUCACAAUUGGCUCUCUCUCUGCUUGCCAGCACGUUGUCACAUGCUCUGCCAGCCCCGCGAGACGAACCCUCGGCGACUGCAUCUUCCGUCACGUUCACAUCUGCGAGCGAUAACAUAACUGUUGCGGCCGAUCAAUUGGAUCAACUGUCUGAUUUCGCGCAGAGCCAGGUCAACGCUUCUCUGUCGGCGAACAGCAAGACGAAACGUGGAGGAUGCAAUCUUUUCAAUGUUGCGGUUCGCCGUGAAUGGGGUUCUUUAUCAAGCAAGGAGCGCAAGUCGUAUACGGAUGCUGUCCUUUGCCUGCAGAACAAGCAGUCCAAGACGCCAGCAUCGCUUCUUCCCGGUGCACGAUCGCGAUUUGACGAUUGGGUCGGUACACAUAUCAAUCAGACCACCACCAUCCAUUACACCGGAACCUUUCUAGCAUGGCACCGCUACUUCACUUGGCAGUACGAGCAAGCGCUUCGCAAUGAGUGCGGUUACCAAGGCUACCAGCCAUACUGGGAUUGGGCCAAGACCGCUGUCACUGGCCUUGAGAACUCGGCCGUGCUCGAUGGUUCCGACUACUCCAUGUCUGGAAACGGUGAAUUCAUUCCAGGGCGCGGCAAUGUCAUUCUCGGCGGUAACGGUCUGCCUGAAAUUCCUAUUCCUGCAGGCACUGGAGGUGGCUGCGUAAAGUCUGGUCCUUUCAAGGAUAUGAAGGUUAACCUUGGCCCUGUUGCUUUGGGCCUUACCAAUGGCUCCACGAUUUCAAAUGGAGAUGGUCUUUCCUACAACCCUAGGUGUCUGCAGCGCGACUUGACCGAUUACACCAACAAGCGAUGGGCCAACGCCAGCAGUGUCGUCAGUCUGAUUUUGGACAACAAAAAUGUCUAUGACUUCCAGAUGGUAAUGCAAGGUGUCCCAGGCAGCGGUAAUAUUGGUGUUCAUGGCGGAGGCCACUACUCGAUGGGCGGUGAUCCCGGCCGUGACCUUUAUACCUCACCUGGAGACCCCCUGUUUUACCUCCACCAUGGUAUGAUUGACCGCACUUGGUGGAUCUGGCAGCAGCUCGACAGGAAAACACGCUUUGGCGAGAGCGGUAUCUCUGGCACGGGCACAUUCUUGAACUCACCUCCUUCUGCAAAUACGACGCUCGACACUCUCAUUGAUCUGGGCUACGCUGCAUCUCCAGCAGUCACGAUGAAUGACUUGAUGAGCACCACGGAAGGACCGCUCUGUUAUGUUUACUUGUAG